AUGGCUGGGCGCUGGUGGAGUCGGCGCGGGCAAGGGCGGGGGGGGCCCGGGCGCGAGAACCGCCGCGGAGAGGCGCACAGGGCGAACGGGGCGGAGCGAGACGGUGCUGGCGAUGGCGGAAAGAAGCGGCGAAUCCGCGCGGGAUGGGGAGGGAGUACCUUACCUUUCCAUCCCUGCCCUUCCCCCUCCCUUCCCCCAUGCCCACUUCACCCCUUCCCCCUCCCCCUCCCCCCUUUUACUUUCCCUCCCCCUCCCCCUCCUCUCCCCCACAACCGCCCACCCUCCCAUCUCCAUUCACCUCCAGACGUGCGCCGCUCGUCACAUCAUCCGCGGCCACCUUCCCCCUCCCCCCUCGUCUCCCCUCUCCCUCUAGCCUCCGCCAGUGCCCCAUCUGGCGCUGAUAGCGGGAGGGAAGAGGGAGGGAAGACGGGGGUCGGGGGCGGGAUGUGGAGAUGGAGAGGGGAUGGCGCGGAAAAGGAGGAGGAGGGGAGCGGGAGGGGCUGA